CCGAGGUCGACUCAACACCAAACACCACCUCAACAACUCAGAAACGCUCCGACGAUGGCAGAUCAGUACAAAAUGUACCUGGCGAGCAGAGUGCUUAAUGAGGGCAAGCCCGUGACCUACCGCUUGCUGAGCCGCGAAUUGAAAGUCCACGUCAAUGUCGCUAAACAGAUGCUAUUCGACUUCCACACGAAACAAAACGCGAAACGUCCGGGCUCCGUCAACGCAAGCUACUGGGUUACGGGCAAGAAGCGUCCUCUACCAUCCCAACACACCAACGGCAAAAUCUCUCAAGAUGGCGGAGACAGCUUCAUGCAGAGCAGCCCCUUCCCGAGCUCCAUGCCGGACAGAGAGGAGGAAGUGGUGGAGAAAACUAGACCCGUCGAAUCGCAUGUAAUCGUGAGGGAAGAGGAACUUGAGGAUACGCUUGCAGCGCUAGAAGAGUUGAUUGCUAUCCACGUCUAUAGCUUACAGCCGGGUCCUCUCGAGAAUAUAAACCUACUGUCCACCUGUGGCUAUGAAAUCAGAGAGCGAUUUGGAAAAGAGGAUUCGUUAGAGACUUGGAAGAUCUACGGAACGAUCCACAAUCCGUACAUAAAGAGGAGGACUCAGCGCGUACAACUAGUUGCACCUGCAGCACCCCCUCCUGCGCCUAAAGUGGCAUCGAAACUAAUCAAUACGGCCAGACCCGAGCUAAAGAGGAGUGGCUCAACACAAUCGCUUCCACGCAUUGAUUCGGAGGAGAGCAAACUAGAAAAACCUGCAAGCCAGUCUAGACUCUCAGCUACUACCACGAAGAAGGCCGAACCAAAAGUCCAGAAGAAGGGUGCAGACUUCUUCAAGUCGUCUUUUGCGAAACAACCACCUGCUAAGGCCAAGAACCCAGCGCCGGUAGAGGAUGAACCGAUGAUGGAUGCCUCCGAAGACGAGUAUGAGGAGGAUUUCGUCUCCGAACUUCCCGAGUCACAGGAGGCGAAGGAGAAGAGGGAGAGGAGGGAAGCAGAAAAGAAGGCCAAACAAGAGAAACUGGACCACAUCUUUGACGAUGUUGAGGAUGAACAAGAACAAGAUGUGACUAUGGACGACGCGCCAGAACAAGAAGAGUCAUCCGACGAUGCUCCAAUAGACAAGAUAGAUGCUCCAAACCCUGCCGAGCCUGCCCCUGAACCCAGCGUUACUGGCGGUCGCAAGCGUGGGAGGCGACAGGUUAAGAAGAAGAAGACAGUCAAGGAUGACGAAGGCUAUCUUGUUACCAAGGAGGUCAUGGAGUGGGAGUCAUACUCCGAAGACGAACCACAACCAAAGAAACCGAAGCCGCCUGCCAUCCAACCUCCGGCAGCCAAAGGUAAGAAAGGGGCUCAACAGGGUCGGAGCAUCGCGUCUUUCUUCACUAAGCCUCCGGCGGCCAAGAAGUAGAUACCGCUAUUACCACAAGGCGCCGUGAGGCGAUCCAGCAUAGUAUUAUACGUUUUCGAGCGGAUUUCCAAACGGUCGGGUCUCCAAGGCGUAGCGAGGCACACGAUUUGAAGGUACAUGACAAGGAAUGUAGCUCCUUUGACAGUGGUAGGCACUUGCCUCCCAACGCCCUCUAAUGAAGCGUCGAAGGGAUGGAAUGCAAAGUAUGCUUUUCUUUAUUGCCAGACUUUCUUUAGUGUACCCUAUUCCGGAUGACUAUACGUCUAUCACAGCAACAUAUAAAUCGACCAGGGGUACCUCACACAGGUCUCCACACCCCCAAAACAUACGCUUACAUG